CCUGCCUCCCUAGGCACAUGCCCGUGCAGCCGCCCGUCGCCCGGCUUCCAGAGCAGGCUCCGCCGCCGGCCCCGCGUCCCCAGCUGCCCGUCCCUGUCCCCGUCCCCCCAUCCCGGGCCGGGAGAGGCGGCCCCGGCAUGCGGAGAGCAGGAUGAUCGCCUCCGCCGCCAGGAAGGGGCCGGAGGGCAGAUACCCGCUGCAUUACCUGGUGUGGCACAACCGCUACCGAGAGCUGGAGAGAGAGGUCCGCGGCGGCCAGGUGGACAUUGAGCAGCUGGACCCACGAGGCCGGACCCCCUUGCAUCUGGCCACCACUCUGGGGCAUUUGGAGUGUGCCCGGGUGCUCCUGGCGCACGGUGCAGACGUGGGUAGAGAGAACCGAAGUGGCUGGACAGUGCUCCAGGAAGCCGUGAGCACCCGGGAUCUGGAACUGGUCCAGCUCGUUUUACGGUACCGGGACUACCAGCGGGCUGUGAAGAGGCUGGCAGGGGUGCCUGUGCUCUUGGAGAAACUCCGAAAGGCGCAGGAUUUCUACGUGGAAAUGAAAUGGGAAUUCACCAGCUGGGUGCCCCUGGUGUCGAAGAUCUGUCCCAGUGACACCUACAAGGUCUGGAAGAGUGGGCAGAACCUUCGAGUGGACACCACGCUCCUCGGUUUUGACCACAUGACGUGGCAGCGGGGAAACCGAAGCUUCGUCUUCAGGGGCCAAGACACAAGCGCAGUGGUGAUGGAGAUUGACCAUGACCGGCGAGUGGUCUACACAGAGACCCUGGCGCUGGCUGCCCACGACCGUGAUGUGCUGCUGGCCGCUGUCCAGCCCACAGAAGAGCAGGUGCUCAGCCGCCUCACUGCACCUGUUGUCACUACUCAGCUGGACACCAAGAACAUCUCCUUUGAGAGGAAUAAGACGGGCAUCUUGGGCUGGCGCAGUGAGAAGACUGAAAUGGUGAAUGGCUAUGAGGCCAAGGUGUAUGGUGCAUCCAAUGUGGAACUCAUUACCCGGACGCGGACAGAGCACUUAUCAGAACAGCACAAAGGCAAGAUCAAAGGGAGCAAGACCCCACUACAGUCAUUCCUGGGCAUCGCUGAGCAGCACGGGGGGCCCAAUAAUGGGACCCUGAUCACUCAGACGCUGAGCCACACCAACCCCACCGCCAUCACUGCAGAGGAGUAUUUCAACCCCAGCUUCGAGCUCGGUAACCGGGACAUGGGGCGGCCCAUGGAACUCACCACCAAGACGCAGAAGUUCAAAGCUAAGCUGUGGCUCUGUGAGGAGCACCCACUGUCCCUGUGUGAGCAGGUGGCCCCCAUCAUCGACCUCAUGGCCAUCAGCAAUGCCCUCUUUGCCAAGCUCCGAGACUUCAUCACCCUGCGCCUGCCUCCCGGCUUUCCUGUCAAGAUUGAGAUCCCCAUCUUCCACAUCCUUAAUGCCCGGAUCACCUUCGGGAACCUCAAUGGCUGUGACGAGCCCGUGACUUCAGUCCGAGGCAGCCCCAGCAGCGAAGCCCCCUCCCCCAGCAGUGACAACUCCAGCAUCAGCAGCUCCAGUUCUAUGACGUCGUGCCGUGGCUGUGAGAUCGCGCCUUCGCUGUUUGAGGCGCCCCGGGGGUACAGUGUCCUUGGAAGUCAGAGGGAGCCUGGCCGAGAGGAGGAUGAUGACUUGUUGCAGUUUGCCAUCCAGCAGAGCCUGUUAGAGGCAGGCAGUGAAUAUGACCAGGUCACCAUCUGGGAAGCGCUGACCAAUAGCAAGCCUGGCACCCACCCCAUGUCCCAGGAAGGCCGAAGGCCAGACAGGCCCCCCCAGCACACUCCCCAGCGGCAGCCCGGCCCCCCGGCCCCCCCAGCCUCCGCCCCCAGCCCCGGCCGCCCCGGCCACGUCUUCCCUAGUUACGACGAGCAGCUUCGUUUGGCCAUGGAGCUGUCGGCCCAGGAGCAGCAGGAGGCCGAACGGCGGGAGCGCCAAGAGGAGGAAGAAUUCAAAAGGAUCCUUCAGUUGUCACUGACUGAGCAGUAGCCCCCGCGGCCCCCCCUCCAACCCUCUCCCCCUCUCCACUCCCCAGGCAGGGACCUCGGCCUCCAGCCUCAUGGGGACCGCUCCCCAGGGAGCUAAGGCUGGGGAUGCCCACUGUGGUCAGACACCUGGAGCAGAGCCCAGGACAGGCCCUCCCCACUGGCUUGGGGGAGGGCGGGGCCGGAAUGCGGCCGAAGGUGAGGGGAAGGCCGUUUCCCCCCACCUCAACCCCUAGCCCCAUCCCCAUACUCAGACUGAGCCACUGGGAGGAAGGGGAAUGGGAGGGGGGUUAGAACUGAGCCUUGCACUGGGGUCAUGAGUUGGGGACCAUGGACAGAGGAGGCUGAACAGAAUUCUGAG